AGGUGGGACUACAGGUGCGUGCCACAAUGUCUGACUAAAUUUCUAUUUUUACUAGAGACAGGGUUUCACUAUGUUGGCCAGGCUGGUCUCCAGCUCCUGAUCUCCUGAUCCGUCUGCCCUGACCUCCCAAAGUGCUAGGAUUAUAGGCAUAAGCCGCCACGCCCGGCCUCUUUUUUUCUUUUUUUUUUUUAUUUUGAGACGGAGUUUUGCUCUUGUUGCCCUGGCAGGAGUGCAAUGGUGCGAUCUCAGCUCACUGCAAUCUCCACCUCUGCAGGAGAGCAGGAAUCUUCAGUGAUCCACGGGCAGAUCUGUAGCCAUUGUGGGCACCUGUUCUUCCCGUGACCUUUGUGCCCAGGUCGCAGCACGUGCUGAGAUCGCGCCAUUGCACUCCAGCCUGGGGGACAAGAGCGAAACUCCAUCUCAACGGAACCCUUAAGGUCGUUCUGUCACUGGGGCCAUUAUGAGCACACACACCCACUCCCUCAGGUUUAAAAGGCGCGUUGCCCGGCAACAGAAGGAACUGCUGGCUUAGCCUUUGGCCGAGUUGGCAGCUCCACGAGGACCCUCAGAGUCCAGCUCUCCAGCGUUCAAGCAUCCGACGGUUCCGAGUCCUCCCAGGAGCGGUUACCUGGGCACUCUGUGCCCCUCAUUCCUGUCAGGGCCCAGGCUGAGGACCUGCUAGUAGGGCUCAGUUGCCUGGAGUCCGUUCAGCCCAUCCCCCAGUUCACUUUGCUUGUGGGAUCUCCCCGUUUCUCCUGCCCCUGGACUGAGUGGCAGGCCAUCCCACAAGCACCCGGACACUUGGCAUCAGUGGUGUCAAGACAACUCUAAGAAGGUUUUCUGUGAUCCUGCAAGACCUGUGUUCCUUCCCGGUGAUUCUGCCUUCAAUUUGAUUGCACAGGUACCACAGCAAGCCAGUGCUGUGUGCGCCGAAUUCCAGGGCAUCCUCCAGCUCAGCCACUACACUGAGCACAAGGAAUCUCUGUGGGACCCAGGAACAGGUAGUCACCCCUUUGGGGCCCACAACACCCGGCUGUCCCCAGACUUGUGGCCAGGGAAGAUAGUAUUGAGGGCCCUCAAGGAGAGCGGGACAGGGAUGGCUGAGCAGGACAAGGACCCUAGAGUCCAAGAGAAUCCUGAUGAUCAGAGAAGGGUCCCCGAGGUCACCAGGGAUGCACGGUCUGCAUUUCGGCCCCUGUCGGACAACGGAGGCCUCUCUCCCUUUGUGCCCAGGCCCGGGCCUCUGCAGAGAGACCUCCAUGCCCAGAGGUCAGAAUUCAGAUAUAACCAGAGAUCCCAGACCUCCUGGAUGAGCUCGUGCCCCGAACUAAAUGGCAUCUCGAGCUCCUACAGCUCUACAGGAGGCCUCCUGGGGCUAAAGCAGAGGUGGGGGCAAGCCUCAUCCCACUGCCAGCUGACCCGCAGUUCCUCAAAGACAGUGAGUGAGGACGGACCUCAGGCUGUCUCUUCUGGUCACACCCAGUGUGAAAAGACGGCAGAUAUAGCACCAGGGCAGACACUGGCCCUCAGGAAUGGCUCCCCCAGAUCCCAGGCCUCUAGGCCUUGUAAACGCAAGCUUCCCCUGCCGUCACGCAGGCAAGGGGAUCCUCUGAUGCUGCCACCUCCCUUAGAGCUGGGGUUCCAGGUCACUGCUGCAGACCUGGACCUGGAGAAGGAGGCGGCAUUCCAGCGCAUCAACAGUGAACUGCGGGCUGAGGCCAAAGCCAUCUCGGACUGUAGACCCUCACGGCCUUCCCACGCUUUGUCCUCACUUGCAACAGGGACUUCUGGUGUGCCUACCAUCUCUAAAGCACCCAGUAUGGAUGCACAGCAGGAGAGACACAAGUCCCAAGACUGCCUGGGCCCAGUGGCCCCCCUAGCUUCUGCUGCAGAGGUCCCCUCUACAGCUCCUGUGUCUGGGAAGAAGCACAGACCACCAGGCCCCCUGUUCUCCUCCUCAGAUCCCCUUCCUGCCACCUCUUCCCACUCCCGGGACUCAGCCCAGGUCACCUCGCUGAUUCCUGCCCCCUUCCCAGCGGCAAGCAUGGAUGCGGACAUCAGAAGAACAACGCCUGGCACUUCUGCUCCUGCAGCUGCCGCAGAAGCCCCUCCCCCCUCCACAUUGAACCCCACGUCGGGGUCACUACUGAAUGGAGUGGAUGGAGGCCCUUCACAUUUCUGGGCCACAGUCACAGCUGAAGCAGGUGCCCAGAGGUCAGAAGUCAGAUAUAAGCAGAGAUCCCAGACCUCUUGGACGAGCUCGGGCCCCAAACAAAAUGCCACCUCGAGCUCCUACAGCUCUACGGGAGGCCUCCCUGGGCUAAAGCGGAGGUGGGGGCCAGCCUCAUCCCACUGCCAGCUGACCCGCAGUUCCUCAAAGACAGUGAGUGAGGACGGACCUCAGGCUGUCUCUUCGGGUCACACCCAGUGUGAAAAGACGGCAGAUAUAGCACCAGGGCAGACACUGGCCCUCAGGAAUGGCUCCCCCAGAUCCCAGGCCUCUAGGCCCUGUAAACGCAAGCUUCCCCUGCUGUCACGCAGGCAAGGGGAUCCUCUGAUGCUGCCACCUCCCUUAGAGCUGGGGUUCCAGGUCACUGCUGAAGACCUGGACCUGGAGAAGGAGGCGGCAUUCCAGCGCAUCAACAGUGAACUGCGGGCUGAGGCCAAAGCCAUCUCGGACUGUAGACCCUCACGGCCUUCCCACGCUUUGUCCUCACUUGCAACAGGGACUUCUGGUGUGCCUGCCAUCUCUAAAGCACCCAGUAUGGAUGCACAGCAGGAGAGACACAAGUCCCAAGACUGCCUGGGCCCAGUGGCCCCCCUAGCUUCUGCUGCAGAGGUCCCCUCUACAGCUCCUGUGUCUGGGAAGAAGCACAGACCACCAGGCCCCCUGUUCUCCUCCUCAGAUCCCCGUCCUGCCACCUCUUCCCACUCCCGGGACUCAGCCCAGGUGACCUCGCUGAUUCCUGCCCCCUUCCCAGCUGCAAGCAUGAAUGCGAGCAUCAGAAGAACAAGGCCUGGCACUUCUGCUCCUGCAGCUGCCGCAGCAGCCCCUCCCCCCUCCACAUUGAACCCCACGUCGGGGUCACUACUGAAUGGAGUGGAUGGAGGCCCUUCACAUUUCUGGGCCUCAGCCGCAGCUGAAGCAGGUGCCCAGAGGUCAGAAGUCAGAUAUAACCAGAGAUCCCAGACCUCUUGGACGAGCUCGGGCCCCGAACAAAGUGCCAUCUCGAGCUCCUACAGCUCUACGGGAGGCCUCCCUGGGCUAAAGCGGAGGUGGGGGCCAGCCUCAUCCCACUGCCAGCUGACCUGCAGUUCCUCAAAGACAGUGAGUGAGGACGGACCUCAGGCUGUCUCUUCGGGUCACACCUGGUGUGAAAGGACGGCAGGUAUAGCACCAGGGCAGACACUGGCCCUCAGGAAUGGCUCCCCCAGAUCCCAGGCCUCUAGGCCCCGUAAACGCAAGCUUCCCCUGCCGUCACGCAGGCAAGGGGAUCCUCUGAUGCUGCCACCUCCCUUAGAGCUGGGGUUCCGGGUCACUGCCGAAGACCUGGACCUGGAGAAGGAGGCGGCAUUCCAGCGCAUCAACAGUGAACUGCGGGCUGAGACCAGGGCCAUCUCGGACUGUAGACCCUCACGGCCUUCCCACACUUUGUCCUCACUUGCAACAGGGGCUUCUGGUCUGCCUGCCAUCUCUAAAGCACCCAGUAUGGAUGCACAGCAGGAGAGACACAAGUCCCAAGACUGCCUGGGCCCAGUGGCCCCCCUAGCUUCUGCUGCAGAGGUCCCCUCUACAGCUCCUGUGUCUGGGAAGAAGCACAGACCACCAGGCCCCCUUUUCUCCUCCUCAGAUACCUGUCCUGCCACCUCUUCCCACUCCCGGGACUCAGCCCAGGUCACCUCGCUGAUUCCUGCCCCCUUCCCAGCUGCAAGCAUGGAUGCGGGCAUCAGAAGAACAAGGCCUGGCACUUCUGCUCCUGCAGCUGCCACAGCAGCCCCUCCCCCCUCCACAUUGAACCCCACGUCGGGGUCACUACUGAAUGGAGUGGAUGGAGGCCCUUCACAUUUCGGGGCCUCAGCCGCAGCUGAAGCAGGUGCCCAGAGGUCAGAAGUCAGAUAUAACCAGAGAUCCCAGACCUCCUGGACGAGCUCGUGCACCAAACGAAAUGCCAUCUCGAGUUCCUACAGCUCUACGGGAGGUCUCCCGGGGCUAAAGCAGAAGAGGGGGCCAGCUUCAUCCCACUGCCAGCUAACCCUCAGUUCCUCAAAGACAGUGAGUGAGGACGGACCUCAGGCUGUCUCUUCGGGUCACACCCGGUGUGAAAAGGCGGCAGAUACAGCACCAGGGCAGACACUUGCCCCCAGGAAUGGCUCCCCCAGAUCCCAGGCCUCUAGGCCCCGUAGACGCAAGUUUCCCCUGCUGCCACGCAGGCGAGGGGAGCCUUUGAUGCUGCCACCUCCCUUAGAGCUGGGGUUCCGGGUCACUGCUGAAGACCUGGACCUGGAGAAGGAGGCGGCCUUCCAGCGCAUCAACAGUGAACUGCGGGCUGAGGCCAAGGCCAUCUCGGACUGCACACAGCCCUGCCAUUUUCAGCCCAGGUCAUCUGGCCGAUUCCUGCCCCCUUCCCAGCUGCAAGCAUGGACGGAAGCAUGAGAAGCCCACAGCCUGGCACUCUGGAGCCAGUUCCAGCCCUACAGCCGCACCCAUGGUAAUUCGGAGUAGAGUCGGAUCCACGUCUGCAUUCCGUCAGAAGAAAAUCUUUUAAGAGAAAGGACCAAAGGAAAUAGGGCCUGAGGGGGCCUGAACACCCAGGGGGUCCCCCAGGCAGAGCACUUCCAUGUUGACCGUGGGACAUGGCACGGGGAGCAACUCUGUUGGGUGGCACUUCUGUCUUUACUUUCCAUCACAUCCCUGGGGGACCAUUUAAACCGACGCCUGCAAUUGCAAGUCGGGGAUCCAGUGCCACUGCAAACAAGGCAGGCUUCACGUGCAAGUCUGGGCCGGCCUCUGACCCUAGCAACUCCACUUCCCGCGUGGGUACAGCAAGGAGGAACCUGGCUUCUAAGGCUCCCUCAUGCGCUGUCAGGAGUUCUGCUGAACACAGGUCCAAUGCGCCAUCCUCCAGCUCAUCCUUCUCCACGUCGGGCUUUUGAGCCCAUCAUAAAAUCCAAUAAAUUCCUAGAGUGAGGUCCAGAAGAGUUGUGUCUAUGUUUCCUUCCAAUAUUUUUGUAGUUUCGUAUCUUAGCAUUCACAUUUAAGUCUUGAAUCUAUCUCGAGGUGAUUUUUCUAUAUGCUGAGAGAUAAGGGUCCAGGUUCAUUCUUCUGCAUGUGGCUAUCCAACCCUCCCAGUGCCAUUCAUUGAAGAGGGCGUCCUUUCCCCAGUGUGUGUUUCUGUCGGCUCUGUCAAAGAUCAAUUGGCUGUGAAUAUGUGUCUGUCUUUCUGGGUUCUCUCAUCUGUCCCAUUGAUCUAAGUGUCUAGUUUUAUGCUAGGAUUAUACUAUUUUGGUUACUAUGCACUUGUCAAAAAUUUUGUAGUUCUAAUUUGCAGUGAAAUGGGAUGCCUCUAGUUUUGUUGUUUUUGCUGAGCAUGACUUUGGGUCUUUGAGCUCUUUUUUGGUUCUUUUUUAUGAAUUUUAGGACUUUCCAGUUCUGUGAGUGAUGACAUUGGUAUUUUGGUAGGGGUUGUAUUCAAUCUCUAGACUGCUUCGGGCAGUAUGGUCAUUUUAAUGCUAUGAAUUCCUUCCACGAGCAUGAAAUGAUUGUCCAUUUCUUUCUGUCCUCUUAAACAUUUUCAUCAGCGUUUUGUAGUUUUCCUUGUAGAAAUCUUUCACCUCCUUGGUAAAGUUUCUUCUGUGGUAUACAUCUUUCCAUGUUGUUGCUAUUGUAAAUGGGAUUGCCUUCUUAAUUUCUUUCCCAACCAGACCAUUAUUGGUGUAUAGAAAUGCUGCUGAUUUUUUUGUUGUUGUUGUUGAUUCUGUAUCCUGCAAAUGACUGUAUUAAUUUAUUUAUCAAGUCUAGGGGUUUUCUGGUGGAGCCUUGACAUGUUUCUAGAUCCAAGAUCACAUCUUCAUCAGACAAGGAUAAUUCGAUGUCCUCUUUUCCAGUGUGGAUGCCUUUUACUGUUUUCUCUUGCCUGAUUGAUGUCAAAUAGGAGUGGUGAGAACGGGCAUCCUCGUCUUGUUCCUGUUUACAGAGGAAAUGCUUUCAACUUUCCCCCAUUCUAUAAUAGGUUAGCUAUGGCUUUGUUGUAUCAGCUUUUAUUAUUUUCAGUAAUGUUGUUUUGUUUGUUUGUGUUUUUUGAGACAGAGUCUUGCUCUUGCCACCCAGGCUGGAGUGCAAUGUUGUGAUCUUGGCUCACUGCUACCUCCGCCUCCUGGGUUCAAGCGAUUCUCCUGCCUCAGCCUCCUGAGUAGCUGGGAUUACAGGUGCCUGCCACCACGCCCGGCUAAUUUUUGUACUUUUAGUAGAGAUAGGGUUUCACCAUGUUGGCCAGGCUGGUCUCGAACUGCUGACAUCAAGUGAUCCACCCACCUCAGCUUCCCAAAGUGCUGGGAUUACACGCAUGAGCCACUGCACACAGCCCUGCCAUUUUCAGGUAUGUUUCUUCUAUACCUAGUUUAUUUGUUCCUUUUUUCAAGAUAUGGUCUCAC